GGAGGGCGCAAUGGGCGGUGGAUGUACUGGGUGAAAUAGCCGCUCCAGGAAAGAAACAACGGACGAGCGGCAGCUUUUCAACGGUCGCAACUUCAAGCUAAAUACGCAGUAAGUCCGACUUUUAUUUCUAAAAAUCGCACCAGAAACGUCGCCGUCCUCGCGGUAGCUCGACGGUAUUUGGUGUCGUGCUUGAAAGGACUGAAGUCUUGCAGCGGUUCAGACUUGAGGAGUGACAACUUACGAUGGCGAGAGCUCUUCAUGUGUUCGCUCGUCGCUCUUCCCGGUUCUCUGGACGGAGGCAGCCGCUGCGGGGUUGAGCUCGCCGCCGACUCGUUUCCCUCCCCUCCACCACACAGGACGAGCCCGGCCGCCAACUCAUGCGAGGGUAGCUCGGAUAUUCAAGGACAUUUUUUUUUUCUAACCACAGCUUACUUUGGCCAUUUUUUUCCCCUCUCUCUCGCUCUCUCGGUAGAUUGAGGAAAUCCAACGUGCGGGUUCGUCCAGCGCAAUGAUGUGGCCAGAUUUUGUAAACAGAAACGCUGGUUGAUAUAUUAGCGCUCUCCGGGGCUGCUGAUGAUGUUUCCCUCCGUGUCAUCUUUACGUGUCGCACCCCUUCCUCUGCCGAAGGGCCGAACGAACGUAAAGGAAAUCAGUCGCUGACUUUCGGUGCGUCCCUGUCAGUUAUGGCAUCGUUUCCAGACCUCGGCGGUGCUUCGUACUGAAGGGAACCCGAGUUACCGGAGAAAAGGAGUGACCCCAGAACCCGGAGAAAGGCCCAUGAACUCUGAGUCCGUGCGUGCUGGAGCGCGGUGAAGCCAGCAGCGGUGCAUCGGCGUUGUGCAUCAGGUCCAGGAACCAUCAAUGUGGACUUCAGCUGGCGAUUUGACAAGUCACAUAUAGGAGCACCCGGAGUCUCUCCUUUCCCCUCUCCCCCUCCCUUCCCUCCGUCCCUCCUUCCCCUGUUCCCUUAUCAAUCUUCUCCCUGAUCCCCCUUUUCCCCCUUCUCCAAAAUUCACCAUGCUUAUCAAGGAGUACCGCAUCCCCAUGCCCAUGAGUGUGGAUGAGUACCGCAUCGCCCAGCUCUAUAUGAUUCAGAAAAAGAGCAGAGAAGAGAGCUGUGGUGAAGGUAGUGGGGUGGAGAUCUUAGAGAAUAAACCCUACACGGAUGGACCGGGUGGAACGGGCCAGUACACCCACAAGGUCUACCACAUUGGCAUGCACAUUCCCAGCUGGUUCCGCUCCAUCUUGCCCAAAGCAGCGCUUAGGGUUGAAGAGGAGUCCUGGAAUGCCUACCCUUACACCCGCACCAGAUACACCUGUCCUUUUGUGGAGAAGUUCUCCAUCGACAUUGAGACCUACUACAAACCUGACACUGGCAAUCAGGCUGAAGUCUUCAACAUGUCUGCAGCAGAGAAGAGACAGAGGAGUAUUGACCCAAUCGACAUAGUGACAGAUCCCAUCCCCCCUCAUGAGUACAAAGCAGAGGAAGAUCCAAGGCUUUACAAGUCAGCGAAGACCCAGAGAGGUCCCCUGAGGGACGAUUGGAUAGAAGAGUACAACAAUAACCCAGGGAAGACCCCCAUCAUGUGUGCCUACAAACUCUGCAAGGUGGAGUUUCGUUACUGGGGCAUGCAGUCUAAGAUUGAACGCUUCAUUCAUGAUGUUGGUCUGAGGAAGGUGAUGGUGCGUGCCCACCGGCAGGCCUGGUGCUGGCAGGAUGAAUGGUAUGGUCUGACCAUAGAGGACAUCAGGCAGCUGGAGCUGGAAACCCAACUGGCCCUGGCCAGGAAGAUGGCCCAGUUUAGUCAGGCGGAGGAGGCCACCGAGGCCAACGGAGGGGCUCCGUCUCCAGACAAAGACCAGGAGGUUAAAGAGGCAAUCAGCUCCAUUGAAGCUGAGGAAGUGGUUGCCAGCACAGGAGGAGACACUCUCCAGCCACGAGGCGUACUCACCAAGCAGUGGUCCACCUCCUCCCGAUCCUCCCGCUCAUCCAAGAGAGGAGUGAGCCCGUCACGUCACAGCAUCUCAGAGUGGAGGAUGCAGAGCAUAGCGCGAGACUCGGACGACAGCUCGGACGAGGAGUUCUUCGACGCUCAUGAGGAUCUCUCCGAUGGCGAGGAGGUCUUCCCGAAGGAAAUUGCUAAGUGGAACUCCAACGACCUCAUGGACAAGAUUGAAGCCGCAGACACGGAGGAGACUCCCGGUGAGCUGUUCAAGGAAAUGACCGUGGAUUAUGAAAGGGCGACCAGCGAGGAAAGACUAGACGAGGAGAGCUCAUCCCAACAGUGUCUGCAGCCUUCCAAGAUCCAUGUGCUCAUCUUGGUCCUGCAUGGAGGGAACAUCCUGGACACAGGCGGAGGAGACCAGAACAGCAAGCAGGCCGACGUCAACACGAUUAGCACGGCUUUUGACACAGUCAUGCGCGUUCACUACCCCGCUGCUCUGGGACGCAUCGCCAUCCGCUUGGUGCCCUGCCCUGCCAUCUGUGCCGAGGCUUUCUCCCUAGUGUCCAACCUGAACCCUUAUAGCUACGAUGAGGGUUGUCUGUCCAGCAGCCAGGACCACAUCCCACUGGCAGCUCUGCCCCUGCUGGCCACCUCAGCACCACAGUACCAGGAGGCUGUGGCCACCGUCAUCGUCCGAGCCAACCAGGUGUAUGCUGACUUUCUAAAGUCGCUGGAUGGGGCUGCCUUCUCUGGACAGGUAUGCCUCAUUGGAGAUUGUGUGGGAGGAAUCCUGGGGUUCGAUGUUCUGUGCAGCAGCAAUCAGACAGUAAAUGAAAGCCAGAACAGCAGUCGCAGGGGCAGCGUCAUCAGUGUGCAGGACCAGGACUUGCUCUCUCCUGGCAUCAUUGUCAACAGCGGACACGGAUCAGCAUCUCCGACCUUGGAGGGCAGCCGCCACCUCAGUCGCAGCAACAUCGACAUCCCUCGUGCCAGCGCAGGUGACGACCCCAAGAGGCAACUGCCGCGUAAGAGAAGUGACUCCUCCACCUACGAGAUGGACACAAUAAAGCAACACCAGGCUUUCCUGUCCAGCUUACACUCCAGCGUCCUACGGAACGACGCAACCUCUCGCAGGUCGAGCAGCAGCACUAUGCUGGAUGGAGGCUCCCUAGGGAAGUUUGACUUUGAGGUGUCAGACUUUUUCCUCUUCGGCUCUCCUCUGGGCUUGGUGCUGGCCCUCAGAAAGACUGUCAUUCCUAUGUUGGAUGUGGCCCAGCUGCGGCCUGCCUGUCAGCAGGUCUAUAACCUGUUCCACCCGGCCGAUCCCUCUGCCUCCCGCCUGGAGCCUCUACUGGAGAGGAAAUUUCACCUCCUCCCUCCCUUCAACGUGCCCCGUUACCAGCGGUUUCCCCUGGGAGAUGGAAACUCUGCCUUACUGGCGGAUGUUGUUCAGUCUCAUGGUGGUGUCUUCAUGGACAGUUCGUACCCCUCAUCCCCCGUAACGGGCCCCCUCUCCCGGGGCCAGCGGAGGGCCAGUGAGGUCAGCAUUGCCAGCCAGGUCUCAGGAAUGGCAGACAGUUACACUGCCACCAACAUAGCCAACACCAAAUCAUGCCAGGUUAACCAAUCCAAAACGUUCAGUUUUUUGUCCCAACUCGCCCUAUCGUCACAAAACAAAUACUUCCUGAAAAGUCCUCCUAAGUCCCGUAAGAAAGUGAAGGCCUGCCAAGCCGCAGGAUGUCCUGAUGCAGAUCUAGCGUCAGAGCUGGAUGGUGACGCAGACUCUAGCGAAGGUCUGAGUCCCACUGGCCAGUACGAGAACUGCCUGUCGGCGGGGCUGGACUGUGCUAUAUCUGAUCUGGUCUCACUGGACUCCCAGGCUGAAGUGGAGCAAGUUGCAGCGCGUUGGUGGGGCACAAAGCGGCUGGACUUUGCCCUGUACUGCCCCGAUGCUCUGACCGCUUUCCCCACAGUGGCUUUACCGCACCUCUUCCACGCAUCAUACUGGGAAUCCACCGACGUCGUGUCUUUUCUCCUGAGGCAGGUCAUGAGGCAUGAAAACUCGAGUAUUCUGGAGCUUGACGGGAAAGAAGUGUCUGAAUUCACCCCCUCUAAACCUCGAGAAAAGUGGCUCCGCAAGAGGACUCAUGUCAAGAUCAGGAAUGUGACCGCCAACCACCGGGUGAACGAUGCCGUGUUCACUGAGGACAGCCAGCAGGUCGUGACAGGUCGCUUCAUGUAUGGCCCUCUGGACAUGGUCACUUUGGCCGGGGAGAAGGUUGACCUCCACAUAAUGACCCAGCCUCCAUCAGGAGAAUGGGUGUACUUCAACACAGAGGUGACCAACAGUAGCGGCCGAGUGUCUUUUGUCAUCCAAGAGGACAAGCGUCUGGGCAUCGGAGUCUACCCAAUUAAAAUGGUCGUCAGGGGCGACCACACGUUUGCAGACAGCUACCUGACAGUCAUUCCACGUGGCACCGAGUUCGUGGUGUUCAGCAUUGAUGGUUCAUUCGCUGCCAGCGUGUCAAUCAUGGGCAGUGAUCCCAAAGUGCGGGCAGGAGCUGUGGACGUUGUCAGGCACUGGCAGGAUUUAGGAUAUUUGAUCAUCUACGUGACCGGACGUCCAGACAUGCAGAAGCAGCGGGUAGUGGCCUGGUUGUCUCAGCACAACUUCCCUCAUGGCAUUGUCUCCUUCUGUGACGGCCUGGUGCACGACCCGCUCAGACACAAGGCGAACUUCCUCAAGUCCCUGACAGAGGCUCACUUGAAGAUUUUCGCUGGCUAUGGAUCAACCAAAGACAUCUCAGUCUACACUUCCAUUGGCCUCCCUCCUUCCCAAAUAUACAUAGUCGGCCGACCCUCUAAGAAGAUGCAGCACCAGUGUCAGUUCAUCACAGAGGGCUAUGCAGCUCAUUUGUCCCAGCUGGAGUACAACCACCGAUCUCGGCCAGCCAAGUCCAGCAGUGCGCGCAUGGUGCUUCGCAAAGGCAGCUUCGGCCUGGGCGCAAACAGCGACUUCCUGAGGAAGAGGAACCACCUGUUGCGCACCAUCUCCUCUCAGCCGGCCCCGAGCUCCCCGACAGGCAGCAUCCACAACAGACCUGAGCGCACACAGAGCCAAUCAGACAGCGAGCGUCUGGAGCGGGAGCGGCUGGAGCGAGCUCACAGCCACAGCCAGGGAGCGACGCAGCGCAGCAUGAGCAUCACGGCCAGCUGCUGGGGCCGCAGCAGCAGCACCAAGCUGGAACCAGGAGUUUUCAGCCCCAAGUGAGACGACAGGGACAAUGGGAGAGAACCUUUGGGAGAGUGACUUACAGAGGAACAGACACAUGACAGAAAAAUAAAGAGUGAAAAAACAGUCGGCUCGCACCCAAUUGGUAAAUACCACAAGGAAAAUCAGGUGCUACAAACCACUCUUUAUAAAACUAACACCAGUCACACUCCACACAGAUAUUUAUGGACAGAGCCUGUGGCUGUAUUCAUCAUAAAACAGGCAUUUCAAGAAGCAUUGUCCUGAAAACGGGAGAAUGCACACAAACACAUUUAGCUGAUAUUGUAGGGAUCCAGACUGUUUCUACUCUUUAGUAAAUCUCUAUCAGACUUGAAUACAAGGUCAGUUUUAGUCCUCCAACAGGCUUUUAGAUUGGAGACGGUUACACAGAAAAGCACCCGCUCGCUGUAUUCUGCAGCAAACAACACAAAGCAGUUACAGGCGGCUUUGUGCUGCUCUGUAACUGACUAAUGUGGCCAAUGCAAGCACAACAUUUGCUACGGAGACCAACUUUGUGAAUAGUAGUUUUAAAGCUAUGUCCUUUUUAUGUGAUAAUCAGGGAUGUUCUGGUCUGAGAGCGGAGCUGAGAAUCAGGUGAAACUGGACUGAAUGCGCCUCUGGUUUUUGGUGUAAAUAUAAAAACAAAUAUGACAAAUCCAAACUUAAUCUGCGUUUGAUUUUUUUCAUAACAUAUAGAACACUGUUCUACUAGAAACAAUCUGAUCAAAAGAUGCUACUUUACAAGCAGCAUAGACGACAAAUUGUCAACCACACAGUCCAGGUUUGCUUGUUCUCCAGUCGGCCCUGAGACACAAAGAAUCAUCCAAAGGUCACAUGAAGCAAACUGCGAAAUUUCCCUUUAACUACGGUUGCAGCUGAAACUGUUCCUGGGCUUUUAUAGCAUUUCACCGCAUCACACCAUACUGUGCUGCUGAAGAAAGUAACGUACGACUCAGCUAAAGGGGAAAACUGCUACUGCUGUACGGUUAAUGUGCCAAAGUAAACAGUAUAGAAUGAUAUGCUGUAUGUGAACAGAGAGGGGGGGGGAAUGGGGUCUCCUGUGUAAAAAAUGGACUAGUUUGUGUAAGUAUGUAGUUGAAUGCCUUCACAAGGCUUGUACAUAGUUGUUACAUUACUGUGCAGAUCUGGUAUCUGGUCCACCGAAGACCAGUUUCAAGUGUCUUCUUUACUCUGGGGGUAAACACCAACUCAUUCAGGAUAUACUUUAUUGAUUGAUGAUGAUAAUUAUUGUUAUUUAAAACUAUAGAACUUUUAAAAAAUGUAUUGAUUUUGUGAACAAAAUGUGUUUUAAGAUUACUUUAGCUAUGUUGUGUUUUUUUUUUUGUUUGUUUUUUUUCCUUCAAACUUCAGUUGCAGCAGCCAAAACUCAGAGGUCUUUGCCUGGCACAGUAUUGUAUUUUUAUUAUUUUAUCUUGCAGAUCACCAGAGUUGUAUCAACAGAACUGCUAUCUUGUGUCAUAUAUUGUACGUUUGUUAUUAACUAUUUUGGAAAAUUUGGGAUAUGGCUUCUCUCUGGUUAUCCCUACGCUGUAAAUGAGGCGUUGAAUGUGCUCAUAGAUAAUCCUCCUUAGGUUAAGGUCUCUUUCUCUGUUCUGCUGCGCCUUUAGAGGAAGAAAAUGUGCAAAUUGUAAAUUUUGUACAAUAUGCUGUGGAAAGUAGGAACACAGAGCUAAGACUUACUUUAUGCUGUUGGCCAUUUCUUUCUUAAAAUGGGUAAGAUUUUGUGAUUUUAUUCCUUCAAAAGCUGUUUAUUUGUCCCUCUGAUAGGCGUGUACAGAGCUGACUGCAAUGGACCAAUAUGGGCUCAAAUGUAAGGGGAAACGUGCAAUAUUAGUUAGCCGCACCACCAGAUCAAACAGACUGUUGAGGAAGCGUCACAGUGCAAUGACAAUCAGUUGAACGGGCACAUAUUCCACAGACGUCAAACUGCAGAGGGUUUCUCCACAUGUCUCGGCUCCACCCAAACGCACGGGUACACACUCUACAAAGGUUUCAAGUGCCACUGACCUGAUAACGGUUUGGAAUAUUACAGUCAGAUUUCCUCUGUAGAAAGAUAUCCUCAGUCUCGGUUUUCACACUGAAAACUCAGUUACCAGAGCAUCCGGUACGCCCUGCUGAAAUUAAUUUAAUUAAAAAUACCCCUGCAAUAAAACCUGAUGAAGGAUAUAAUGUUCAGUUUGUGUUGGAACUCUUUAGAUAAACGUUGAUUCAACUGAACGCUCAUUCUGGAGUUUGUGGUGCUGUUGAGUUGUAUUGUGUCAUGCUGAGAUGUGUUUCUGAUAUUUUGUCCACUGCACAUUUCACUGAGGUUAGAAAAACAUCCUCGUUCAGAGCAACUGUUACGUCUUAAUCAGGGUAGUUUCUUGUCAUCCUGGUGAAGGAGGGUGUAAAUUAGAAACACUUUACUACUGUCCCUCUGCAUUUUGACUGUCAAGAUUCGGUUUGAACCCGUAGCUCCUCCGAGAGCUGCUGGGUGAAGAAUGGCUGUUUGUACAUUCAUAGAAACGAGACAAAAAAAAAAAAAAAAAGACAGGCAAUGCUGGAAAACAAGCACUCAUGUUACACUGGCAACUACUGAACCAUAUCCCCUGAUCUGAAUUGGCUGGAUAUCGAAAUCCAGAGAAUGUAAAGAUGAAGCGGUGCGGUGAUCUGUGAAGUUUGGAUACCUCUGGGCAGACAAUCGCUUCGAUUCUGCUACUGACACACACAUUACCAGAGGCCUUACACUUCCUUUUUUUCUGCCUUACAUUGACCAUUGUGUUUGCAAGGCCUAGAAUGAACGCUGCUCACACCCGAGCCGACUUCACGGAGAAGGAUAGACUGUUGACUUUACUGUGGAAAUAGGAAGAGGCCAUAUUUUCUUAAAAAAAAUAAUUAAAAAAAAAAAAGAAGCUUUGUUUACCUGUAAAGGACAAAUGCAAAAGGAUAAAAUUUGUUUGACAUAUUUCACCAACAUUAGGCAAUCCAUCGCCGUCCCAAGCUCUGCUCUCCGGGUUAAUGCAAUGUCACGACUGUUUCAUCAACGGUUAGCAUUUAUAGGUUGUGUAUAUAAACCAGAAAUUGGUGAAUCAUGCUUGGAAAAUAUUUUAAUUGUACAGGGUGUGUAUCUUGUAGGUUUUGGAUAAUGUCAUUUUAUCCAUUCCCUUGUGUUUUUAUGUACAGUGUAUAAAGAAUAUAUAAAGAACAA